UAUCUUAAACCUUAUCCAUUUAGAACAUAGGGGGGAGGCCCUCUGCCGGCGAACACCCCCCAGUCGGAAAAUGCAAGCUUUGUUCCAUACGUGCGUUCACUUCUCACGCUUCCGUGAGAAUGAGAUCUCCAGGGCGCAAGAACUGAGAAAAUUCCUAGGCAGCACCUUGAAUUGUGGUUGUGAAUGAAAACAGUUCUCCUUCAGUAGCUUUGAACUGGAUUACCCUGCAAGAUCAUCUCGCGAUAUACAGUUGAUUGUCGAUAUCAGUUCAUUCUACACAAAAGGGAUGAACUUUGAUCACUAAUCCCGGAGUCAGGCCAUCUUGGUUUCUUUAAAGAUCAUAAGCUUCUUUGAUCAUUAUGCAUUUCAUACUAAUACAAAGAAUUCUUCGGUACCACGGCAAGGACAUUCCGGGGUAUCAUACCGGAAAUAUAGCCGGGGAUUCUUUAUAGGCUUGGCCUGAUCUCUCUUUUUUUUUUUCUUUUUUCUUUUUUUUUUGAUAAUUGGCGUGGCCUGAUCUCAUGAAGAAAAACCGAAUGAAUCCCUAGGCCAUGUUUGGUUCUGCUGAGGGAUCGAAUAUGUCAAGUCCGUUCCAUUCCUUUCUUGUAGCCACUUAACAAACGUGUCCCGGGAGAUCCUGUUUUGAUUUCUUGCAAGAACAGGGAUCACCGAAAAUCUGCAUUUUUAUUUGAGGUGUUGCAUUUGGUAAUGAUGCAUCCAGCUAGUGUCGGUGUUUCUUAACUUUCUUUGAGAAGUCAAGUCUUUGAGCUUGUGAUUCUCCUGCAAGAGCAGAAGUACAGACAGGGAGCAACUCAAGAGUAAGCUGUUGAAUGGAAAAUAUCCGAUGCCGGUGAAAAGCUUUCAGCGGAGGCUGUUUCUUGAAUUCACAGGAUUUAUUCCUGCCAUCUUAUAUACCAUCCCUGUUCUUGCUGCACCAUUGCCGGAGAUGAAGGAACCGGAAGUAAUUCGAACCAUGAAGCUUGCUGAUGGGGUGAGAUUUCAAGAGAUAGUUGAAGGUGAAGGGAUGGAAGCCCGUGAAGGAGACACCGUGGAGAUCAAUUAUGUGUGCAGGCGCUCAAAUGGGUAUUUUGUUCACAGCACUGUGGAUCAGUUCAGUGGAGAUAGCAUGCCUGUCAUACUUCCUCUAGACGAGAACAAAAUCAUUGAGGGUCUCAAGGAAGUCUUGAUCGGCAUGAAAGUCGGAGGAAAGAGAAGAGCAUUGAUCCCUCCUUCCGUGGGAUAUACAAACGAAUAUUUGAAGCCAAUCCCUGAAGAGUUUGGUCCUCGACGGAGUCUCUUGUCCCAUGCAAACGAGCCUCUGGUGUUCGAGGUCCAACUGAUGAAAAUUCUGUAACAGCAAGCCUCUCUGUUCCGAAAAGGAGGGAACAUUAAUCCCUUAAGAUAUUGGUCUUUAUAUAUCGAUCUGUUUGUCUUUGGUUUUUCAUUACUCAUCGAUGUAAAGCAACUAAGAAAACCGACAUAUUCAUUUCAUGAGGAAGAUUUCCUGUUAUUUGUUCGGAUAAAUGGAGUUGAUCUUAUUAAC